CUUUUCUUCCUGUAACUGCACUCCACAGGAACACUUCAACUUGAUGGCAGCAACAAGCACACUACUCUGUGAGGAGGACUUAUUUUGCCCACAGUGCUCUGACAUUUAUUGUCUUCCUGUUCUUCUGAAAUGUGGUCACAACAUUUGCAGAGUUUGUUUACAGAAAUUCUGGGAAUGGAAAGGAUCUCGAGAAUGCCCCGUGUGUCGCAGUGUGUCUGUUCUCACGAGGCCGCCUAUCAACUUGGCACUCAAGUUAGCUGCAGAUGAAUAUCAACUGCAGUCGAGCAGCAACGAUGAAGAAGUAUGUCUUCUUCACAAAAAGACGCUGACAAUGUUUUGCCAGAACGAUGAAGAGCCCAUCUGUCUCGUCUGCCAGACGUCAACACAGCAUAAAGUCCACGAAUGCUGCCCAGUGGAAGAGGCUGCUCAACAGAAAAGGACUGAAGUCUCAACCAUGUUGGAGUCUUUAAAGAAAAAACUUAAGAUACUGAACAAGAAGGAGGAGCACUGGAGGGAAACAAAAACCUAUAUACAGACCCAGGCAAAUCAAAAUGAGAACGUGAUCAAGGAGGAAUUUCAGAAGCUACACACAUUUCUCUGGGAGGAGGAGAAGACGAGACUGAUGGUGCUCAGACAGGAGGAGGAAAUUAAGACGCAAGUGAUGCAUAAAAAGUUGGAUCAUAUCAAGAACCAGAUCAGAACCCUCUCCUCCACCAUCACUGAUAUUGAGACCGCCCUCAGAGCGAAGGAUUUACCCUUUUUACAGGAAUACAAGGUGACAAAGAAAAGGAUCAAAUGUGACAUUCGAGAGCCUGAGUGCAUCAGAGACAUCCUGAUAAACUCUGCAAAGCAUCUGGGAUCGCUGAAGUUCGGAGUUUGGAAAAGGAUGGCCAAGAUUGUCAACUGUGUUCCCAUCACACUGGAUCCAAACACAGCCCAUUCCAACUUGGAACUCUCACAAGAGUUCACCUGUGUGAAAUACUGCAGGAGGCAGCUCCUACCUGACAAUCCUGAACGCUGCACCAGCCGUCUGAGCGUGAUGGGAGCAACUGGCUUUACAUCAGGAAAGCACAGCUGGACAGUCGAGGUGGGCCAAAGCAAAGACUGGUACAUUGGAGUGGUCCGGGAAUCGGUCCAAAGGAAGAGCACAGUCUUCCUCAACCCUGCCGAGGGCUUCUGGGUGAUCGGCCUGAGUAAUGGAGACACGUUCUCGGCUCAGACCACGGUUUGCACGAAACUCGUGCUGAAGCAGAAGCCUGAGAGGAUUAGAGUAGAGCUGGACUGUGAUAAAGGAAAGGUAGUGUUCACCAACACUGCUGAUAUGACGACAAUAUACAUGUUCAAAGACAAAUUUACAGAGAGGAUUUUCCCCUACAUCUCCCCUGGAUUGUCCGAGGAGGGCAACAUCUCCUGCCCGCUGACAAUCUGCCCUCUGACCAUAACAGUGAAUGGAAUGUAG